AUGGCAACACAUAAGGAAAACGACACAAUAAAAUUCAUCGAAUGUCCAGUGUGUCGUAGAUGUAUCGAAGCUCCGAGGACUGACAUUUCUAGUGGAGAAUGGGCAUCCGAAUUACCACAAAAUAAACUUAUUCUGGCUAUGUCUCUGGAACAAGAUGAAAAUAAAAACUGCAUGAUUUGCAAACGACAAGAGAAAACUGUACCUGCGAAGCACUGGUGCAAAGCAUGUAUGGAAGCUAUUUGCGAAGAUUGUAAAUCAUUACACAGAGCUGUGCAAAGUCUGCAGAAUCAUAAAAUAUUAAGUAUUUCAGACAUCAAAAAGUUGAACAGCGAAGUUGAGGUAGAAGAGUCAUGUCUCUUGCACAAAGGGAAGAUACUUGAUGUGUUUUGUCACGACCACCAAGAGCUAUGUUGUAGCAUAUGCCUCGUCAAACAGCAUAAACUAUGCAAGAAUCUAGACACAGUUGAAGAUAUGGCUUUGGGAAUUGACCGAGAUAACAUUCAAAAUAUUGCUUCGAUAUAUAUUUGUUUGGAGAAAAGACUGGAAGAUAUGCUGUUAGAAAACUUGAAUAAAGUAGCCAAACUCAACAGCAGGAAGCAAGAAAUAUGUAUGAAGACAGAAGAGAAAGUUAAAGAAAUCAGCUCGUUACUGGACGGUGCUCAUGCACAGUGGCUGAAACGGUUUGAACAGAAUCAUGCAGAUUCUAUUGGAAACAUUGAAAUAGCUUCUGAUGAGUUGAAACGGUUUUCUACUACAGUACAUGAGGCAAUAAUCAUACUACAAUCAAUGUUGAAUAGUGGAUCCUCAAAACAACUGUUUAUUACGAAUUAUAGAUUACAAAAUCAGAUUUCUGACUACAUUACUCGUUUAAAAUCUUUGGAUAUUUGGAACUUCUCUGAAGAUUACAUGCAACACAACUCAGACUUUCUGAGUCAAAUUUCCAAUGGCAAAGAAUUUGAAGACGUAGCAUUGUCUAAAGUACAAUCUAGGAUUGUGGAGAGAAUUUCACAGAUGAGUGCUCCAAAGAUAACUGAUAAAGAUAAUAUUUUACAAAGAAGAAAAAGAAUGUCUCAAAUGGACUGGAUGAAAGUUGAAUUUAAAAAGCUAUCGGAGAUUAACGAAAAGUCAGAAACAGUUUGUUAUGGCUUGUUUAUACAUGACACUAGGAUUAUACUUUCUCUGGCUAACCCACCUUCGCUGAAGAUUUACGACAUCAGCAAGUCCACAGGAGAAUGUGUUCACACUGAGAAGUGUCAGGACAAACCUUACGGCCUCUGCCACACUGGUUUAUGUUUGAAUGAACUUUAUGUUUCUUUUAAAAACUUUAUUAAUCAUUAUCGAAUUGAGGUCGCAGAAACUACAAAAAUAACAAAAGUUAGAACCAUUCACUUGGAAGAGCCUAUGUUGGCAAUUUCUUGUGGGCCAACGUCAGUGUUUGCCGCCAAUGAUUCCAAGAGAAUGAUUUGUUCUUUGGAUUUCUGCAUUAUACAUAGUUCAGCAUAUACAAGUGAUGGAAAGGUUCCCUUUGUGUGCUCGUCGUUGAUAUCAGAUAAUCAUUGUUUUAUAAGAGAUGGGAUGGUAAUAGUUGUGGAUCAGAAUAACAAAGAGAUUUUUAAGAGUGCUCAGGAUGGAUAUCCUCGUGGACUCGCAUUUGACUCACAAGAUAACAUAUUGGUUUGUUUUCAUACGACUACUAAACUUAAACAGCUAAAACGCGAAGAAAGGGAAAGCAGAGACAUUGUUUUGACAGACAUGACCGAUACUUAUAACAUUACACUUCAUCCAGCAGGAGACAAGAUAUUGGUGUUAGACUACGAAAGAAAAUGUGUUGUUUACCAAAUAUGCUAG